CCGGGCGUGCAGGGGAGCCGCCGAUUGCUCGCGGGCAGCCCCCGGUGCUCCGCUCCGCCGCCCCGCACCAUGCUGCGGCUCUGCCUGGCGCUGAUGGCCACGGCCCAGCUCGGGCGCUCGGCUCCCGCCCCGCCGCCGCCCGCGGGCGCUCAGUGCAUCGAGCACGUCUGCUUCGGCGUGUUCUGGGGGCGCCAGCGGUUCCCCGACGCCGGCCGGCUCUGCCAGGCCGGCGGGGGGCAGCUCAUGACGGUGCGCUCCACGGUGGCGGAGUCCGCCAUCGCCCUGCUGGUGCGGAACCGGAGCGACGCCAGCCUGUGGAUCGGGCUGCAGCUGCCCGCGGGCCAGGCGUGCUCGGACCCCGCCCGCCCGCUGCGGGGGUUCCGCUGGGUCACGGGCGACGAGCGCACGGACUACACCGGGUGGAGGCCGGGGGGGCCCGUCUGCGGGUCCCAGUGUGUCGCCGUGGUGGCCCCGGAGCUCACCUGGGAGGAGAAGCGGUGUGACUCCGAAGCAGACGGCUUCCUGUGUGAGUACAAUUACCCCGGCACGUGCCCCAAGCUCUCCCCCGGGGCAGGCCUGGCGGUGACCUACACCACCCCCUUCGGGGCGCAGGACAGUGACCUCCUGGUCCUCCCUCCCCAAACCACUGCCUCGGCCCCGGCCCUGGGCGUGGAGCUGGUGUGCCAGGAGCACAGCAGCGGGGGCAUGCGGUGGAGCUCCGCCAGCCCCGGGGCCUGGCACUGCCAGCUGGAGAACGGCGGGUGCGAGGCGUCGUGCCAGUGGGACCACGGGACCCCGCACUGCACCUGCCCCCAGGGGAAGCGGCUGGACCAGGAUCAACGCAGCUGCUCUUCCCUGUGUGCCGACGCCCCCUGCGACCACCACUGCGUCCUACUCCACAUGAACUUCACUUGCAUGUGCCACGAGGGCUAUGAGCUGGCUGAGGAUGGCAUCAGCUGCAGAGACAUCGAUGACUGUAAAACCAAACCGGACCUUUGUGACCAAGUGUGCAUCAACACCGAUGGGGGCUUCCACUGCCAGUGCCACCCGGGCUAUGAGCUGGUGGAGGACAAAUGUGAGGACGUCAUCGAUUGCUACGAAGAGAAAUGUCACCACCAGUGUGUUGAUGUGCCCGGGGGUUACAAGUGCAGCUGCUUCAGUGGAUACGCCCCAUCCCCCCAGGACCCCAACAAAUGUGUCCUCUUUUGCAACCAGACUGAAUGCCCGGCAGACUGUGAUCCGCAUACACAGGAUACGUGCUACUGCCCCGAUGGCUUUGUUUUGGAUCACCACAAUGGUAGUGCAAAGAUGUGUGUUGAUAUUGACGAGUGUGAGCAAAGCUAUUGUGAGCAGCUGUGCACGAAUAAGCCAGGCAGCUACACGUGUCAGUGCUGGGAGGGGUACAGCCUCCACAAAAAGCACUCAUGUAUUUCUGACGAUGAGUUUUCAGGUGGGACGGAUUCCUACCCAACAACAGCCGCCCCCACCCGUGUCCCACCGAAGUCAGACAGCCUCCACCCCGGAGUGCUGAUUGGAAUCAGCAUUGGCAUCUUGUCCACAAUUUUGGUCCUGAUGGCCAUUCUCUACCACCUGAUGAAGAAGCACUUCCCAGGUCAUGUAGCCAUGGAUUAUAAAUGUAGCAAUAGGACAGAAAAGGAGGUGGUGCUGCAGCAAGUUCCCCCGGGAUGCCCCUCUGCUACCCAGAAACUGUAAAGAAUCCCACUGGAUUGAAAGGAGAAAGACGGAAUUGGUUGGAAUUUUUCACAUUUCCGAUGAAAAAUUUUCAAGGAAAGUGAUUAAACUAGCUGCAGAAAAAUAUGCUUUGCAGGAGAUGAGAAAACUGAAUGGCAAAGCAUAUAAUGCUGAGCUAAUCCCAUUUGUGCAUCUUUAAAGAAACCAGUAGAUGCCUUUUUAAUGUCCCCCCUUUUCCAGACUUGGCGAUCUUUCCGGGGUUUAAAGAGAGAACUUUAUUUUUUGUGCAUUGAGAACUGCCCUUGUUUGGAAUGGACUAUUGAAAUCUGACUAUCAAAGAAGAGAAUAUAUGCAAUGGACUAGUCAACAAUAAUAGACUUUGAAGUGGUGUGGUGAAAGUGACUUUCAUCCAGAGACAGUGUCAUGAGUUCGUUCCC